AUGAUGACAGAAACUGAAGAUAAGACACUUCGUUAUAGGAGAGCCCAAAGUGUCACUCGUGCAGAAGAAAUAACUGAAAAGGAGAAGAAAGUACGAAGUUCACAAUUGGAUAAACCGAUUCACAAGCCCCGAGAUUCUUUAUUUUCAUGGAGUUCAGAAUUUGCAAACUUUACUGGAUUGGUAAACUGGGGUUUCCUAAUGCUCACAGUUGGUGGAGUACGACUCUGCCUUGAAAACUUCUUAAAGUAUGGUUUUCGUGUGAACCCGAUAGAAUGGAUCAUAGUAUUAACCGGCUACAACGAAGGUCACUCUCACCAAUAUCCAUCAGUUGUUUUACUUAUAUUCAGUAUUGUACCAACCGUUGUUGCACUUAUGAUUGAAAAAGGAAUUGCUGUGAAUUUAAUAAAUGAAAAACUUGGCGUGUUCUUACAAAUAACUAAUAUAUUGUUUAUUAUCACGCUGCCCGCUGUUGUUCUGCAAAUCAAAGGAAAUCAUUUUAGCUUCAUCGGUGCUACGACGGUGUGUAUGAUAUACUUGAUCCUGUUUUUGAAGAUUUGGAGCUACUCACAAACCAAUUAUUGGUGCAGAAAUGGCACGAAGAACAGAUUCUCCAAAAACAAAUUGAGAAGGCAAAGCUUGUCAGCACCUAAUUGGAGUAAACUAGUCAAUGCAGAACAAGACCAGACGUAUGAAGAGGAGAAGAACGAGGAGGCGGCUGCUGCUGGACUCAUCAAGUAUCCAAAUAACUUGACUUUAAAAGAUUUGUUCUAUUUCCUGUUGGCCCCCACCCUUUGCUAUGAGUUGAAUUUCCCCCGAACAGCACGGAUCAGGAAGAGGUUCGUAGUGAAGAGGUUAGUGGAGCUUGCGUUUGGAGUCAAUUUGGUGCUCGCCUUGUUCCAGCAGUGGAUGAUACCGUCCGUCACGAAUUCCGUCGACACUUUCUCCACCAUGGAUCCGAUCAGGAUCACCGAGAGGCUUCUGAAACUUGCCGUGCCCAACCAUCUCAUCUGGCUCUGUCUAUUCUAUUUGAGUUUCCAUUCGUUUUUAAACCUCAUGGGAGAGCUGCUUCAGUUCGCCGACCGGAAUUUCUACAACGACUGGUGGAAUGCGAACAAUAUAUCCGUGUUCUGGAGCACUUGGAACACGCCGGUGCACCUGUGGGCGGUUAGACACGUGUACGUACCGAUCACGGAGCGAGGCUACACGAAGGGGUUCGCUAGUAUCAUAGUUUUCUUGAUAUCGGCCUUCUUCCAUGAGUAUUUGGUGAGCGUUCCACUGCAGAUGUUCAGAAUCUGGGCCUUUCUCGGCAUGAUGGCGCAGCCUCCGCUGUCUGUGAUCUCUCGCAUCGCAGAACGACGUCUAGGGCCGCGCUGGGGGAAUAUCAUGGUGUGGAGCUCACUCAUCCUGGGCCAGCCACUCGCCAUCAUGAUGUACUACCACGACUACGCUCUCUUGCACUUCACAUCGGAAUAACAAAGCUCAUAAUCGCAUGAUAGAUAUAUAGUUUACAAGCAGAAUUUGAAUAGGGAUGGUUCAGAGUCGCCAAACAUGCACGAUGAAAAUAGCUAAUAACCAAAGCACAGUGUGGUUUUAAAUAUAUAAUACAAUUGUAUUAUUUCAUGCAUAUAACGGUUUCAUUGUUAAAAAGAGUGAAAUUAUCAGGUUAUGUGAAAAAUCAAAUAGAGGGAAGGCGCGAUUAACCAAAAAAUACUAAAUUCUAAUAUUAAAUUUAAGCUAGUUUUAUAUGUUAGUACAAUUUUUUGUGUAAAAAUAAAUCAUGAGUCGAUCCCAAUUUCGAUUCCUUGUUCAUUAUAAUAUUCUGAAGGACUUCAGUGAGCUGAAGAAGUCUACUAAAAUAUUAUUUCAUGCGAUUAUGAACGUUAUUCGUAAGUAGGUAGAUUUCAUUUUUCGUGUUUUCGGUAUCGGUGUUUUUAUUUUUAUAUUUUUAUGAUGAAAAAUUAGUAAUUGGCUAUGAUUUAAAUUAAGAUAACAAAAAUUGUUUGUUUCGUGGGCCGCCAAGGAUUAUGGGGGGAUCCACUAUUUUUGACAAUAAAUUAAACAAAAUUUAUUUAUCUUUUAUCACAAUUAAUCCCACGUCAAAAAGUAUUUCACAUGAUGUUGUGAGUCCAAGUAUUCCAAAAUGCUUAAUAAUAUUAUAAAUAAUUUAAUUACGAAAUAAUCAACUUUAUGGCGCCUUAAACGUCAUAUUAUUAUAGUAUUGCCGAUAUAGCCUUAUACAAGUAAUGGGGUACAAUAUAUAGCGUUUAAGUACAAAAUUCUAUCUUAACUAACAGACUAGAGUUUUAUUUCUGUUAAGUGUGUAAAACUAGAUAUAUAGACAUUUUAUAUUAAUUACUGAAUUUUUACUUUCCUUCCUUUCAAUAUAUUCUAUAAAAUCUUUGAUAAGCAUAACUUUAUAUACCCGAGCGAAUUUAUUUAAAUUCAAGUACCUUUUGAAUUUUUUUUUAAUGUAUUUUCUUAUGAUUACUAAUACAAUGAUUUUUAUAUUAUUACUUUAUUAUUAUUAAAUAAGAUAUUAUGUGCGGGAAAUAAACAUAUAAUUAAGACUGAUUAUGCUUUCUAAGCGACAUUUGUGAUAAUUUGCCAUAAAAACGAAAUGUUCCUUGUCAAAUUCUUUAGAAUAAUUUUAUAUGUAGAAAUUUCCAGAAUAGCAAUUAUUUUGUCUUAUUUAUUAUCCUAUCUUCCUUAAUGUGUCUAUUGGCUUUCUAUUAUUCUAAUUUUAUGGGUUAAUGUUUUGGACGUUGAAUUUGUUGAGCUAUUCGUCAAACCCAAAGAAUGUUAUCUAAAUAAUUUGAUUUGGAACAUACUAAAUCAGGUGAUAAUUUUUCUUUCCGAAAAUUUUCAGAGUAAUUAAAAAUAUCACAAGAUGAUGUACUAGUUGAAGAAAUAGCAAUGACAAAUAGCUAUAAUAAUAUUCUUGUGGUGCGCCACCACGUUUUUUUGCCAUUAAAAUUAGGAUCAAAGCAAAAUUAAUAUUUUUAAAUAUAUUAUAUCAUGAUUUUUUAAUGUUGUUUAAUAAAUAUUUUUUAUCUGA